AUGUUUAAGCUGUUGUGUUGCCUUGCUUUACUCUCUGUAGCCCUUGGUUAUGGCUACUCUGGCUCCAAAUCUGGUAAAAACUUUGGUCUCUUAAGCAGAGGAGGAUAUGGAGGAGAUUACAGUGGAGGUAAAGGAUAUGGAGGAAAUUCCUAUGGAGGCAGUGGAUAUGGAAAUUACUAUGGAGGGAUAGGAUAUGGAGGCAGAGGAUACGGAGGUGGUUACUUUGGAGGCAGAGGAUAUGGAGGCGAUUACAAUAAAGGAUAUGGAGGUUCUUACGGAAGUAGAGGAUACGGAGGAUAUGGAGGCGAUUACAAUAAAGGAUAUGGAGGUUCUUACGGAGGUAGAGGAUACGGAGGAUAUGGAGGCGAUUACAAUAAAGGAUAUGGAGGUUCUUACGGAGGUAGAAGAUACGGGGGAUAUGGAGGCGAUUACAAUAAAGGAUAUGGAGGUUCUUACGGAGGUAGAGGGUACGGAGGAUAUGGAGGCGACUACAAUGGAGGAUAUGGAGGUUACUAUGGAGGCAGAGGAUACGGAGGAGGUUACUAUGGUAACAAUAGAUACGGCGGAAGAUAUAGUGGUAGCUAUGGAUAUGGCGGAGGUUCCUAUGGAGGACAGGGAUACAGAGGUGGCUAUGGUUACUACAGUGCUGGAUAUUUCCCGGCAAUAUUUGGUUUUGGAAAAGGAGGGAAUUAUUAUUGA